GUCCAAAAAAAGUUUGAGCCAUUGCUACGAGCCGCACUCUCUUAAAUUAAACGAGGCGAGCUCGAGCUUGAAAUUGAAUUACGUUUUGUUUGCAAAGUAGUGGUGGAGGAUAAAAGAACCAAAGCAUCACACGGAGUUAACCGCCUCAUCAGCCGAAACCCCAUCAUGAUCUUGUACGACAAUAUCUAGGGUUUAAUUAUACACUUUCCCACCUAAAAUUCAUCACAACCGAAUCCCAAUUGUACUUGCAUAACAUUCAAACUAUUGGUUUAAUUCGAUUAUUAUGAGAACUCGAAACGCCGACAAUCCCAAAUCACCACCUCCGGCCAAAAGAACCCCUCCGGCCAGAAAAUCCGCCACUAAAACCCCUCCGACACCGGCGGUUGCCUCUCAACAAUCACCGUCGGAGUCUACGGUUACACCUAAGCGUACUCCUUCUACCAGAGGGAAAGCUGCCGCAACGAACGAUCCAACUACCACAACUCCAGAAACCCCUGUAGCAGAAGUGAAGGUUGAGGAUGACACGGUAAACGUGACUCCUGGAACAAAGUCUGGAAAUAAAAAAACUGUUAAGAAAGUGGUUAAAAGGACUGUAAUUAGGAAAAAACCUAAAUCGGGUGGUGCCGGGGAGCCACCUGCUUUGGUUAGCGAUGAACAAGGUGGUAGUGUAGUACCUGCAGAACAAGAACAAGAAAGAUUAGAGGAGGUAAAAGAUGUGGUAUGUGUUAAGCAGGAAGAAUCGAGCGUGGAUGAUGUUAAUGAUCUUGGUAUGUCCGUUGAAGUUGUUAAGGAUGAUGUGAAAACUGAAGAUAUUAUGGAGGAUGUUGAAGAUGGUAAUGAUGGUCAACCUUCUGUUGAAAAUGUUGAGGGUAGUUUAAGGACCGAAAGUUCUGAUGUCACCGACGUUGCUAAAUCCAUUGAGCAUCGUGAACCAGAAGUGGGCGAGAAAGAAAAUUUAGAAACCGGUAAGAAUGUUUUGGAAAGUCAGCAACCGAUUUUGGAGAAUGAGGAAGUGCUUGACAAAGGAACCGAGGACUCAAACGACGAAGAACCCUUUGAGAUUGACGAUCCCGUCACAGAAGUUGAAAAAGAGGAACCUGAUGUUGAGAAACUCAUUGAGAAUAAGGAAAUCACUUUAGAUAAAGGUACAAAUGUUGAAAAUGAGCAGGUGCCGACAGAAAUCAAUGAGGAUAAAGUGGAGAACAAUGAAACCGUUGAUACAGGAAAAGGUAUAAUUGAGGAAUUCAAGGGAGAUGAAGAUCCACAAGAGCGUUUAUGUCUAAGCGACGAGGAAAGGGAUAAGGACACGAGCAAUGAUGGUCAUGAAGAAGACGAUGACGAUGAGUUGGCAGACGUAAAGAUGAAAGAACACGAUGAAUUACGGUUUCAAGAACAUGAAGAUUUUACAGAAGCUGCAGAGGAGCGAAAGAGAAGGAAAGAGUUUGAGAUAUUCGUCGGUGGAUUGGAUCGAGAUACUACAGAAGAAGAAGUAAAGAGAGUUUUUCAAAAUGCCGGUGAGGUUGUUGAAGUCCGAAUGCAGAAAGACCUUCCAGCUCAUAAAAACAAAGGUUACGCAUUUGUGAGAUUUGCUAAUAAGGAACAAGUAGCCCGUGCUUUAGCAGAAAUGAAAAAUCCCGUUAUACACGGAAAACGAUGUGGGACCGCACCAAGUGAAGAUAACGCUACUUUGUUCUUGGGUAAUAUAUGCAAUACAUGGACGAAAGAAGCUAUAAUACAAAAACUAAACGAUUACAGCAUUGAAGGUGUUGAAAGGAUCACCCUUGUUGCUGAUCCACAACACGAAGGGUUGAGUCGUGGUUUUGCAUUCAUCGAGUUUUCAGGUCGCCCUGAUGCAAAGGCGGCCUAUAAAAGGCUUCAAAAGCCCGACGCUAUUUUCGGCCAUCCUGAUCGGUCUGCCAAAGUAGCUUUCGCUGAACCGUUGCGUGAGCCAGACCCAGAGGUUUUGGCUCAGGUUAAGUCAGUAUUUGUUGAUGGGCUGCCACCUCAUUGGGAUGAAGACAUUGUUCGAAACCACUUGAAAACAUAUGGUACAAUUGAGCGUGUCAUGCUGGCUCGAAACAUGUCAACUGCAAAGAGGAAAGAUUUUGGAUUUGUUGAUUUUACUACUCAUGAAGCUGCUCUUGCUUGCAUUGAUGGGAUAAAUAAAAAAGAACUCGGUGAUGACAAGAUGAUAGUGAGAGCAAGGCUUUCAAAUCCUUUGCCUAAAAUGCAGGCUGUGAAAGGUGGAAUAGCAGGUGGAUUUCGAUUUGGUCAUGAGAGGGGUUCUGGAAGAGGGGUGUUUCCUUCCAACCGAGCUCACGUUCCACGAGGCAGGGGUUUUUAUCAUGGACCUUGUCAAACCAGAGGAAGGGGUUUUGCAGAGGAUUACCCACCUGUUGGCCCCUAUCCUUAUUUUAGAGGCAGACAUAGUUUUGGAGGGAGGUGGGAUGAUUUCAGGGGCCCACAUCAUCCAUCUGGUCAUGUGCCACCAAGAUACGAUGUCGACAGACCCAGGCAUGGUGCUUAUACGCACCGUGAUCAUUCUAUUCCAAUGAGAGGACAACCUUAUUUGCCCGAAGAACCGUUUAGCAGACCUUAUGGUGGGAGGCCCUAUGAAGACCCAUACGCGUAUGGAGAUACUUCACGUGGAAUGAAACGUCCAUAUUUUGCAGAACAGGAUUCUGGCUACACCGAGUCGAGCAGGGGUCGGCCUCGUUUGGAUUACUCUGAUCCGGAGGUUUCAGUUUCUGGAGCUCGUUAUCGAGGAGGUGGCAAUGGUGGUCCUUCACGUGACUAUUACAAUUAUGACUAUUCAUCUUACUACGGGGGUGACCAGCCUUACGGCAGUGACCGUCCUUAUGGCGGUGGCCAUCCUUAUGGCACUGGACCUUAUGGUGAACGGCCUUACAGCGGUGAACAGCUUUACGGCGGUGAUCGGCCGUACAGCGGUGAUCGGCCGUACAGCAGUGAUCGGCCAUAUGGCGGUGGACGGCCUUAUGGUGGUGAACCGCCUUAUGGCGGUCGGUAUCACUAUUGAAUAGUUAACUACUGUUGUGUUCAGGGUUGACGCUUGGAGGCAGGAUAUGAUGUGCUGUUUUGGAGCGUCUGCGGAUGUUGCAGCCGGCAGCGCUCUGCAGGAAAGCCCUAAAUCUUUUUAGUUCUCUUUGUUAGACUGCUCUUUCGUCUUUAGGUUCUUUGUUCUGCCCAUGGCUUUUCUUCACGUAUCUUUUGUUGGGUUUGCUUUGAUUGAACAAAAGACAUGUUGGGGUGAUCUGUAGAUUGUCCCUUCCAUUAGGACAUCGAUUUGUCAGUAUUUCUUAUGGAAGGAGUUUAGUUUAAGAUGGUAGGGACCACUUAAGCGUUAAACAUUAGAAUCGAAGUUAUCUAAAGAUGUAAGGUGUUUCCUUCUUAUGAACACUGUCUUGGAUUCUACAUCUAUUUCUAUCUUUUAUGUCUUGAAGUUUUUAAGGGAACAGAUUAGAUUCACGCUAUGUUUAAGUGAAAAAGGUUUUAAAUUAAAAGUUUUCCACAUUAUGAUCGAAGAGAAUUGAAGUGAAUGUAGAAUAUAAGCCUUAUAGACGUCUAGUUUGAUGAUUCUUGUGGAAUUAUGUUGUGGAUAUAAUGUUUUGGAAGUAAUUUUGAGGAUGUACUUACGCGGAUGUUGGAUUAUAGACAUGAAAAUUGUUUGGCUCGGGGUUAAAUCACCCAUGUCUAGUGUUCACGAGGCUUUGUCAUUUUGAUGUCUCAUUUAUGGAUUUUAUUUGAGUUGAAGUGUUGACCCUUAUGUCAGGUUGCUAAUGAUAUAAAAAGUUAAAUUGUUUAAAUCGAGGGCAUCUUUUAUGUUGAAUAUUGGCAAGACUGUUUUAAAAGUCUGAUAAAUGGCUUAGGGGUUGAUCAAAAGUACCAGUGAGUAGAUAUAGAUAUAGUCAUUCGUUAUGUGUAUACCGAAUGUAAUAGAUAGAUGAGAAAUAAGUAGCUGAAUCCGGGCUGGAAAGUUGCAUCUAACUAGUCACUUGUGUGUAGGCUCAUCUUCUUAUUAGUACUCGUGUCUAGCCUGUGUAAUUUUUAAGUUUCAGGUUACAUUUGAUGGGCAUAAGAUUGGGAUUUAAAUAUUUAGUCUAGA